GACGGAUGAUGUCCAUUUACAUUUUCCAAGCAAGAGAACGCCUUUCACGGCGCGUUUGACGGCUCAAUAAUGCACGACUCUCCGCUGCUUGGAACCCCAUCCGCUUGAAUCUUCGCUCACCGUUUCUCUUGACUCCCUGGACCCUGUCGCGACGCGUAUUCGCUUUUUUUUUGCGCACUACGCGUUACCACAGCUAGGACUGACGGCAGUGCUCAUGAAUUAGGAUUAGGAAUCGGUGCACUGGCGUGAUCUAGUCGUCGGCAUCAAGUCGUUUUGGCUCACUAGUAACGCAGAUCGGCGAGCAGAAUCCCGCCAUGGCCGGCGAGUGACAAUUUCCGUUUAUCGCAGCCUGUUUUCCGUUCGCCCAUGGCAUAUUGCUGCUCCCGUGUUUCCGCGCGUGAACCGACACGAGUCUUCUCCAGUGGUCAAGCUGCGCCGCAAUCUCCGCACUACAAGGUGUGCCUGCCUUGCGUGACGCUUAGCCGACAAUUGGGACGCUUUCAGCCGAUCUGCAGUCUAAAUUCGGUGGUCGAUUUUACGUCGUCGCCGCCAGCAGUCGAAUUGCGAAGAUCAAGCGCAGUUCUUAGAAGGCGAGAAGUGCAAGGAACACAAUCAGCAAACGAAGGAGCAGCAGCAACAGUAACAGUAGCACCUUCCCGUCACCGUGCAGGCACCAGAGUCUACUCGCGUCGUUUGAAAGCAUCCAAGCUCCCUCGACGGCGGCUAUCUGAUCGUCUGACGUCAACAGCGGCCACUCCUCUGCUUGCAACAUCUGCAGCGCUUGCAGCAGCAGCAGCAGCAGCAGCUCCAGCAACAGCGUUGGCAGCAUUUGAUCUAGAUUUCUCGCAAGCAGGAGCGUUACAAGCGGGGGCGUUAGAAGUGGACGCGUUACAAGCAGUCUCACCAGAGAUUGUGGAAUCCGUGUCGUCUUUUGGCGUCGCGUUUGGUGCAGCUGCAGACACAGCUACAGCCACAGCUACAGCCACAGCUACAGCCACGGCUACAGCCAUUCCUACAGCCACAGCUACAGCCACACUUUCAGACACACUCACAGUUGCUGCAGCAGCCGCAAACACAGUGGUAAGCACAGUUGUGCCAACAGUGGUGGACUCAGGUCCACACGCAGCCGCAGCUGUGAUGGCGACCGUCACAUCCGUGCUGGCAGGGCUCCCCUCCAUGGGGUUCGGCAUCGGCCUGUCUCCCCAAGUGGGCAUCGCUUUGGCGCUCACACUCGUGGGCAGCCUGAGCACUGCUUUAGGCGGUGCUCUCGUGGUGCUUCAAGCUGUCCCGGACAUCAAACGCCUCGGCCUUCUACAGGGCUUUGCCAGCGGGCUCAUGCUCAGCCUCACGUUCUUCGACCUCGUGCCUGAAGCCAUCGAAACCAUCGGGUUUCCUGCAGCCAAUCUAUGGUUCUUCGCCGGCGCGCUUCUCUUUGCAGCAGUCGUGCAUUUCGUUCCCGAGCCAUCUCUAGCCCCCGAACCAUCCAUGGACUCUUCCAAGCCUCUGUCCGAGCAUACAUCCGACCCUGUAUCCGAACCUUACACGGAGGAGGGGCAGAUGCUUCAGUUUCGUCAGACACCACCAGCAUCAGCUGUAGCUGCAUCUCUAGCACCAGCACCAGCAGCAGCACCAGCACCAUCAAUAUCAACACCAUCACCAGACUCACCACCUCCCCUCAUACGUAAACAAGCACUCGCCCGACUCAACUCCCCCUCCCCCUCCUCCUUCUCCUCCUCCUCAUCCUACUUCCCUUCCUCCGUCUCAUCCCUAGAACUCCCCCAAGCUUUAGGCUCGGAAGGCCCCGAAUCCUAUCCAAACCAGGCGUCAGGUACGGGAAGAGCUGGUCAGGUGGAGAUUCCGGACCUUGUCCGAGGCUCAGGUCCGGACAGCUACAGGGAUGGUCGGGUGGAGCAUUGGCUUAGUGGGAUCAAAAGCAGUCCUUGGGACGGCCGUGAGAGCCUUGUCAGGGGGAGUACUAGUAAUAGACAAGUGGGAGAGGAGGAAGAAAGAGGGGCGGAGCGAGAGGGGGAGGGACGGAGAUUACUGGGAGCCGCACAGGAAAAGGGCGGGUGGAGCAAGGAGGGAUGGGGGGAGCGGGAGGAGCGAGCGAGCUUGGCGGGAGAGAGGGAGGUGGGGGAAGGGGUGUUGGGAGAGGGGGAGAUGCAGAGGCGGAGGCAAGCAGUGCUGUGGAGUGGCGUGAUCACGGCCAUUGGCAUCAGCCUGCACAACUUCCCGGAGGGCAUCGCCGUGUUCCUUGGAUCCAUGAAGGGCCUAAGGGUGGGAAUCAGCCUGGCAGUGGCCAUCGCGCUGCACAACAUCCCAGAGGGCCUCGCCGUGGCUCUCCCCAUCUACUUUGGCACACGCAGCCGCUGGGCCGCCUUUCGGGCCGCCGCUCUCUCCGGUGCUGCUGAGCCCCUCGGGGUCAUCUUCGUGGCUCUCUUCUUCCCGGCUUCUCUCUCUCCUGACCUGAUUGAAGGGCUCCUGGCUGGAGUGGGUGGCAUCAUGGCGUUCCUCACCUUCCACGAGAUGCUGCCCUUGGCAUUCGAGUAUGCGGGCCAUCGCAUGGCAGUGGCGGCCAUGUUCCUUGGCAUGGCAGUUAUGUCAGCCAACUUGCACCUGCUCGCACUCUCCCUCCCUCCGGACAUCUCCUUGUGACGAGGGGAUUCACGCGUAAAAAGAUGUAGAUAUUUCGGCAGCGAUGCCAAUCUCGGCAUGGCAACCAUGUCAGCCCAACCUGCAACUGCUCACACUCGGCCUAACUCCAGACAUUUCCUUGCGUUGCGACACUAAGCCACCUCAUUGUAACAAAGGCUUCGGUUCGGCCAUGCCUGCAUUGGUCACUGCCAUGCGAGUUUUGGCACAGCUGUCAUGUCAGCCUAUCUGCUUGUUCUCUUCUCUCACCCUGAUGCUACUCUACCGGUAUUCGGGGCGGACAAGUUUGGCUUGCCUUGGAUUGGAGGCUCCCUCCCUCCCUCCCACUCUGUCCUACCUGUUUGUGUGCGCUGCGCAGUCUGUGUAUGUAUGUACACCUGCAUCGUAUUGGCCUCGCACGUGCAUCAUGCUCCGGCUCUGCGUGCGUGGCUGGCCGUUCCGUAAAGCUAU